AUGCUUAAAAACAGUAGUUUGUUCAUUGAUUCUGAUUUUGUUGUAUGUAAUUGCACUCAUAUCACUCUCCGUCAACUGUCUUCAAGCUGUUUGACCAGUUUAAUUAGACAAGCAAUCGCUGCUCCACAGAAUCCACCUUUUUGGCAAAAUGAAGAACUUACUAUUCAAGUACUUGAUCCAUUAACAGCUCUAUCUGAUAAUAUUAUCUAUGAUGAUGUACGAGAAGAACAAUUAAAAUGUGUUCAACAAUUAUUACAUUGUUGGGGUGAACAAGUACGCUACAGUUGGCUUAGAAUCAUUGAAAUUAUUGGAGUAAUAAGAGAAAGCUACAAAGUAGAUUUAAUUCAGACGUCAUUUAAAUGCUUCAAAUUAAUUGUUACAGAUUAUUUAUCAACUUUACUGCCGAAUUGUUAUUUAGUUUGUGUUGAAACUGCAGCACGUUUUGGACAUCAAAAACAAGAUUUAAAUAUUGCUUUAGCAGCUAUAGGAUCCUUACUACAUUUAGCGGACUUUUUUAUGGAACAGAAAAAUAUUCCACAUGUUGUGUCUGAUACAGUCAACUCUCCAGUUGAUUUAAAACAAUUAUGGAUUAGUGUAUUUCAUAAAUUGGCUGACUUAUGCUUAGAUCGUAGACCAGCCGUUCGAAAGUCUGCAUGUCAAACAUUAUUCAAUACAAUUGAAUGUCAUAGUGAACAGUUCGACGAGGAUACAUGGUCUACUUUAUUAUGGAAGAUAUUGUUUCCUUUAUUAUCAAAUGUGCACAGUUUAUAUCAAAAUGCACCUGUGGAAAAAAUUAGCGACAAACCGAAUAGUUUAUUAAUUCAUCAUAGUCGUGAUACUGUAUCUAAACAAUGGGCUGAAACAGUUGUACUGACACUGUCUGGUGUAUCACAUUGUUUCAUAUCGAAACAAUCACAAUUAUUAACACUUAAUGAUUUUACAAAAUGUUGGCAAAUAUUACUUGAUCAUUUAAAAGUCACUGCUCUGAUGGAUGGUGGAGAGAUUUCUUUAGCUUCAUUAAAUUGUAUGAAAAUUCUACUUGAUAUACAAUUGCCUCCUAAUCCUCCUUCAACACCAUCAUCUACAUCAUUGCCAACAGCAAAAUUAAUUUGGUCUGCUUAUUGGGAAACUUGGCUGCAAAUUGGAAAACAAUCGAUAGCAUUUGCUCAAUCCACUAAUCAUCAGAACAAUAACAACAAUAACUCUCUUGCUCUUACUACAAAUGUAUCUGUAAACUGUUUACCAACUCAAUACUCUAAUGAUAACAGGGAUAUGAAUGUAACAAUUGAUGAAAAUGGUCAAAAGAUUUGUUAUCCUUCAUUUUUAUACUUGCCAAGUUUAUCAUUUAUCACUUUAUACUUUGAUUUAUUCAUACCAAUAUUUAAUUAUAUUAAAGAAGAUUUUCAAUUGCAUGAUUUUGAUCGAUUAGCUGAAUUAUUAAAAAUUGGUGUAUUAAUUCCAUUGUAUAUUAAUUGUUUACUGCCAACUACUACUACUACAACAAAUAUCAUGAGUACAAUCUUAUCAACUACACCUUCCAUGUCAAUUGAUGAUGGUACAUUGAAUUCAUUACAAGAAUCUGUAUUACACUGUUUACAUUGUCUUGUACAGAAUUUUAGUUCUGAUCGACAUAAAGAUGCACAUCAUAAUGCUAAUAACAGUAUGACCAACAACCAUUCCGUUUCACUACUUCCACGUGUAUUACAAUUGCUGUUGACACUAGCUGGUUAUGCUGUUCGAAUACCCAAACCAGAUCAUGCAGAUAAUUAUCGUUUUGAUGUUGUUCCACUCAAUUAUAUUGUAUUUGCUGAAAAAUCUUUAUUAAUUGCUGUGGAUUUAUAUCAAACAACUGUUACAUGGCCUGAAAUGUUCAAUGUUGAAAUACUUGACUCAAUAAUUGAAACUCUACAUCAACCAAUGGCAUUGAAAUAUGCAUGUCCAUCACAGACUACAUGGAUACUUGCAUGUCGAUGUUUUUUCCAAGUGAUUACUGCUGGUGUUUUCGUUGUAUCAAAUCAAUCAAUGAACAAAACAAAAACUUAUAAUUUCAAUAAGAAAGAUGCUCAUUCAGAUGACGGAAAUGUUACAUCAUCAAAUCAUGAUUUAUGCAAACAUAUUGUGGAUGCUAUUCAGGAUUUUCUUUUUUGUCAAAAUCAACCACUAUCAUCCUUAUCAACUGAAGAGUUUCAGCUACAUGAAGAAUUAGACUGUAAAUUUGUAGAUUUAAUCAGCGAUUUAUUCUUGUCAAAUCCUGCUCAAUUACCAGAAUUUUUCAUUAGUCGUUUAAUUAAUUUACUCAGUUUGGGUUCUGUUCAAUCGGCUAUUCCAGUUAAUGUAAUUCCUAAUGAUGAAGUGAAUAGUGGUAAUAACAACAAUGAAGAUUAUGAUCUGAAUAUAUCAUCAAAUCAACAUAAUUUUAUCAAUCAUUCAAAUAAUCAACCAUCUACUACCUACCGUCUUUUUAAUGAAUCUCACAAUGAGAUAAAAUUGUCUAAAGGACUAGGUCGAGCUGUUCGCCAAUUGAAUUCGAUAACCUCACUACCUCAAGAUGCACUUAUAAAUGAAUCUUUGAACUGGGACAUUGAUCUUGAUCGUUUGAGACAAUUGACGUUUCGAGAAAAUUUUUCUCGUUUAUGUUUUGGCAAAUUAUUAUCACAUGCUUUUUCAACUCCUUCAGAUCGAAGAUUAUCUUCAACUACAUUAACACCAGUGUCAUUAGAGAAUGGGCAUGUUGAAAAUACUAAUGGUUAUAAAAUGAAUCCAUUGAAUACAAAUUUUUCACUUAUGGUUAGUAAAACAGCUGUACGUAGUAUUCUUCAACGAUGUCGUUCGAUAUUGAUUAAAUUUUAUCAGUCGUCGCGAUUAAUUGGAAAAUGUCCACUACCUCGUGCUCGUUUAUCAGAAAUUAGCUAUGUAUUCAAAGCAUUGACAAUUAUGUUAACAUCACUUCGAUCUGUUCCAAUUCAACAUGAUGUGGAUGAUUCAAUCUGGUCCAGUAUAAUUCAAUUAUAUCCUCAUAUUGUUGAUUGCAUUCUUGUAGUUGGUGGAAAUAAUCAGAUGGCCAUAGCUUUGCAUCAUCUUUUAAGACUUUAUGGUGAAUUUCUUGCUCCAUCACAUUUGUGUCCAGAAGCUAGUAACAAUACUACUGAUAUUGAUCUUAGUAAUAGUACUAGUAACAACAAUGUUCACACUUCAAAUAUUGCGAAUAGUACUGCCAACAACAACAUCGGUAAAAAUGUAACAUCAUUGAAUAGGACAUAAUUGAUUGACACGUAACUUGUUGUUUUUUUUAAAUGAUACUUUUUACAUUUGUGAUAUGUUUUACAUAACUUGCUGACAAACCUACUCUAUUCAUAUUAUGGCUGUGGGGAUCUUUGUGUAAUCUCUGUCUCCCACUCUCCUAGUAUGACAAUUAUCUAUCUCCUUAAUUUGCGUUACCUUCUAUCAACGGUUUAUCCUAUUUGAUUUUAUCCUCUUUUUCUGCUUUUUUUCUCCUUGUACACCAUUCUGUUCAACUACUUUUUUUUUCGGACAAACAAAAUAUCUUUUGUAUAUUUCCACAGUGCAUACCCACUUUUUUUUUUUUAAUAAAUUAUUUAAAUUUUCAAUUCAUUUGUUUUUUUUAAUUUAUAUCGUAUAAUUUUGUUGUUUAAUGUGAUUUUUAUCACUAUAUUUAAGGAAAAAAAUUACUGACCACUUUGUUAAAAUUCUUUGUAUAAAAAAGCUAAUGAAGUAAAAAAU